AUGCAGAGGCUGCUCUCAUUCCACUUGCUAGGAAUCCUGCUGCUACUGAGCCAACUUCCCAGAGAAAGUCGAGGUCAGAACUGGGACACCGUUAUUAAGGCAUGUGGCCGGGAAUUGGCACGCCUGCAGAUCAGAAUCUGUGGCAACUCACUUUCCUCGUGGGAAGAUAUAAACGGCCCAAGGGUUAGACGAGAAUCUGGACCACUCACAGAAAUCAAGCCAACCUCCAAGAAGACAGAUGAGGAAACCUUGAAAAUGAUAUCAGAAUACAUUGCUAAGUUACUGAAUAGAACAUUGUCUUUGAAUCACCCAAUAACUCUUCGGCUUCAACAACUUGCAUCAGAAAAUAAAGAUAUUUCCUUUGAAGAAUUCCAGGAAAUUAUCUCAACAGAAUUUGAGAUACAUAUGAGAUACAUUCCUUCAAAAAGCGAAGAGUCUGAUAAACAACCUAGAAAGAAAAGACAGGUCUUAUAUUCACUGAGUAAUAAAUGUUGUCAUUCAGGUUGUACUUUAAGAGAGGUUGCUAGAUUUUGCUGA